AUGAACGAGCUUCAUAGCAUUCAAGUCGAAGAAAACACGACUGCCCAACAAGAUAUACCACACACAUUAAUACGCCCAGACUUCGACGAUAUAAAGGGACCUUUUCCAUAUAUCCACAAGGACGAUAAACACGUCUACAUGGAUUGCCAAUUACAAUACUGGAACAUGAACUCCUUUUUCUCGAAAGAGGAAAUGACAAAAAUGACUCUUUUUGAAAUGUUUAAGAGACGGUGCGAUUUGUGGCCUGAAGAGUUCUGUUUGUCUUAUAGAAAAAAAGACGAGAAACACGUGCCAAAAGGAGACUUCAUCAACUUGAAAGCAAAAGAAUGUUUAACUAUAGUGGAAGAAAUAGCAAGUGGAAUUGUUCGUAAGUUGAAUAUUAAAAAAGGCGCAACAGCUGCUGUCUUUUCGACUAAUAGAUACGAGUGGAUACUCACCGAAUUUGCAUUCCAUCGUCAAGGAAUCAUUUUAGUCCCACUUUACUCGACUUUAACAACUGAACAACUUUGUCAUGUUAUCGAUACUGCGGAAUGCUCUUACGUGUUUUGUAGUGACGAAGUUCUAGACAGAGUUCAAGACUUAAAAUCGCAUCGCACGUUCACAAGUGUCUGUUUUGAUGAUGUCAAAAACGAGAGUGUCGACUUCACUUUAAAUGAACUACGCGAAGAAGGAAGACGCCAAAUUGAACCACCAAACCUCCCCAAUAAAACAGACACAUGUUCCAUUUUCUUCACAAGUGGCACUUCUGGUGUUCCUAAAGGCGCGAUUCACACCCAUUGGACUAUCACUAACGCAAUGUGCUGUUUCUGUUUUUCAGCUCCGUUUCACGCCCAGUUCAUGACAAGAGGACAAAUCACACUUUCGUUCUUACCAUUAUCACAUGUCUACGAACAUCAAAUUGAUUUGACAUUUUUAUGCACAGGUGGGUGGGUUUACAUGAAUAGUGGAAAUGUGCGUUACUUCCCGGAAGAAGUGAAAAUGGCGUCACCAACGUUUUUGAUUGUCGUCCCUCGUGUACUUCAAAAAUUAUACGACGUUUUCAAUAGUGAAAUUAAGAAGAAGUCGUAUGUGGUUCAAACGAUGUAUAACACCGCAUACUACUUCAAAAAUUGGGCAGUUGAUACGAACACUACAAACAUGGUUGACUGGGAUUACUGGGUAUUUGGUACAAUUAAAGCGUUAUUAGGAGGUCGGAUACAAUUAGUAUGUAAUGGGAGUGCGCCAUUGUCUCGUGAAGUGUAUGACUGGAUGCGAGUGUGUUUUGACGUCAUCAUAUGUAAUGGAUAUGGCUCCACUGAGACAUUUGGAGGGUGUAUUGGAACCAUCCCAGGUUUAUUAAAUCCAAAAAUAAUGAGCACUGGAAGACCAUGUCCAGGCGCUACUUUUCGAUUGUCUAAUGCAGAGGAAUUGGGGUAUUUUGUCAGUGACAACCCACCUACAGGAGAGAUUGAAAUCAAAGGUGAGUUUAUCUUCAAAGGAUAUUUCCACGAUGAUGUAAGCACUAAAGAAGCAUUUACAGAAGACGGGUGGUUCAAAACAGGAGACAUUGGAAGAAUCAAUGGAGACGGGACGAUGAGUAUUAUUGACCGAAGAAAGAAUAUGUUUAAGCUGUCACAAGGAGAGUACGUUGCCACAGAACCUCUCGAAAGAAUGUACGCCUCGCACCCAUUCAUCGAACAAAUGUUUGUUUAUGGCGAAAGUACUGAUUCCUUCCUUGUUGGUAUAUUAGUAGCAAAGAAGAAGGAACUUGAAGCAUUUUUAGAAGGAAAAAUCAAUGGAAUUUCUGAUGGAAUGGAUGUGCAACUCUUGAAAGACAUUGCAAACACAAAAGGGAAAAGUCUUAUUUUGAAAAAUGUUGAGGAAUAUGUGAGGAGUCAAGGCGCAAAAGGAUAUGAAGUGGGUGAAAAAUAUUUAUAUUGA